UCAAUAACAUUUUAAUGGUCUGAUCUAUAAAUCACAAUAAUGGAACGUGUAAGCUAGCUAAGCUACCCUGCAGAAUUUUUUAGACCGUCGCCCAACUUCAAUCUGAGAGUAGAUUUGCAUUAUUCUUCAUCUCUGUUCACAUUGCCACUUGCCUCACUCGACCCGUUUCGUGAAAUCUCAGCACAGAAAGAAACCCUUUUUACAUCACCAUGGAUACGCCCAAGAACAACAACACAGAAAGAAACCCUUCACCUUUCCCUCAACAGAAUACAUCUUGUAGCUAGCAAUUCGCUUCUUCCUCUGCAACUCAGGAUCAGCCAGAGCCCAAGAAGAAGACAUUGACCUAGACCCAGAAGCACCCUUCCCCUUCUUCAGAUCCCUGUUGUUGUAAUUAUAGUUCCCCCCUUGGCGUUUCUGGACCACUCGCAGUAGCUUCCUCCUGGACGGCUUCGUGCUCGUCGGAUUCGGAGGCCGACAUCGAAGGUGCGUUGCGGUCUUUGAGGAAGAGCUUCUUCAGUGGCGGCCUUAGAGACGAAGAAGAAGAAGAAGCCUCUUUUUGGCGGGAAGAAUCGCCGUCGUAGGCGUCGGCGAAGAGGAGAUAUCGGUUGAAAAUCUGAUACACCGGCUGGAUCUGGCCGUCCUGGACUACGUCCUCAGAGGAAAUCGGCGAUCCGUCGGACAGAGAGAGUCGUCAGCGGAAAUCGGCGUCGGCCAAAUUUUGGGCAUCGGGGUCAAGACCCCGAAUAUUAAUGAACACGCAUUGAUUAAGAGAUUGAGAGAGCAUGGCAAGUCCUACCACUGUUACCUGUAAUGCAAUUGUUCCCGAACUUCUUAACCCACAUAACUAUAAACACUGGAGUUCCCGGGUGAGGACAUACUUGGUGUCCAAAGACCUUUGGGAUGUGGUCAAAGGGAAGCAUCCUACACCAGAUGCUGAAGCAGAAAACAAGGCGUGGAUGAAGAAGAAUGCCGAGGCUUUACAUGCGAUUAACAUUUCGUGCGGGACUGAGAUGUUUUCUCUUAUCUGUGAGAUUGACACAGCCAUGGAAGCAUGGGAAGUUUUGGAGAAAGAGUUCAAAUUACCUCCCAGGUCAGAAAUAGAAGAAACAGAGAGACACGACGAGAGAGAUACCACAAUCGAUGCUGCUGGGCAGGCCCGUGAUCAAGCUGGCGAGAACAAUGCCAACAACUUUGAUCGCUAUAAACCGUUCUUCGAUUACGUGAAUCAUGGUGAUUGGGAUAAUGCGAAGGAGUGUCUCUUAGGACUUGGAUCAGAUGCCGACAACGCAUUAAGAGCAACAGACCCAUAUUAUCAAAGCACAGCUCUUCUUGUAGCAGCAUUGAAUGGGAAUGUGCAUAUUGUGAAAGAAUUGGUGCAGCUAAUGACACCGGAAGAUUUGGAAAUCAAAAGCCACAUUGGUGCCACACCAUUGGGUGCCCUUGCAAGGCAGUGCAAGGUCGAAAGAGAUGCGAUCGAGAUGGCAAAAUAUAUGGUUGAAAAGAACGACAGAUUAGUUUGGAUCCCUGUUACUUUUAGUGGUAAAAUUCCAGUUGUGGAGGCUUGUGUUUGGAGCAAAUGGGAAUUGGGUCGAUAUCUCUAUUCAGUCACUCCAACAGAAGCUCUAAUGCCACAAAAUGGUCCCCAUGGCGCUUGUCUUUUAUGCGAAUGUUUUGGGCGUCUGAAAAUGUUGGAUAUUGCAUGGAACUUGCUUCAAUGUUGCCCAACCUUGGCCAUAGGAGAAUCCAUGUUAACAUUGGCGAGAACACGCUCUGCAUUUUUAAGUGGAACACGACUCACACGCUGGCAAAAAUGGAUUUACAACUGUAUACAUAUACAAGCAGUUGAUGUUAACAGUCUUGGUAUUUCCAUAAAUGUUUUCAACUUAAAGGAAGAUCAAGGUAAAACAAAUCGCAUUUGCUCAGUGAUGAGUUUAUUUAGAAGAAUUCUUAAGGGUCUACUCAAACUUUUGGGAAUCAAUACUGUAUAUGAAAUGAAACUUAAACAUCUCCAAAUCAUUAAGUUUCUACAUUGGAUGGGCCAAGCUGUGGGAAGUCAAAAUAAUGACAUUGUUAAAAAGUCAAUGUUCGCAGCUAUUGAGAAAGGGCAUGUUGAGUUUGUUAGACAUAUGUGUGGGGUAAACAAACGUCUCUUAUUUGAAAUUUAUGAUGAAACAAAAGGCCCCAUAUUCCAUUAUGCCAUCGAAUGCCGCCAAGAAAAAAUUUAUUCUCUUAUCUAUGGUCUCGAGAAAGAAACGAGAAAAUGGCUUGGAUUUGGAGGAACGAAUUCCACCAAGACCAUGCUAUUUAGUGCAUGUCAAUUAUCUCCACUAUCACAGCUAAAUCAUAUUCAAGGUGCAAGUUUGCAAAUGCAGAGAGAACUUCAAUGGUUUAAGGAAGUGGAAAGUAUGGUACCUUCUGAGAUGCAUGAUUUGGGAGAUAAUGUAAAUAAUUUGCCAGCGGGUGAACUAUUUACCAUAAAUCACAAGAAGUUGAUGGAGGAGGCAGAAAUGUCAAUGAAAGGAACGGCAACUUCUUGUACAGUUGUUGCUGCUCUCGUUGUCACUAUCAUGUUUGCUGUAGCAUUCACAGUUCCUGGUGGAAAUAAUGGUGACACAGGCAUUCCGGUGUUCAUAGAUAAGAAGUUGUUCAUGGUUUUUAUAGUUUCAGAUUCUAUAUCACUCAUUUCUUCCACAACUUCGGUAAUUAUAUUUUUGGGAAUCCUCACGUCGCGUUAUGCAAAAGAUGAUUUUCUCAAAUCCUUGCCCACCAAAAUAAUGAUAGGCCUUUUCACCCUUUUUCUAGCUAUUGCUGCUAUGAUGGUCACUUUUUCUAGUGCCCUUAUCAUUAUGCUUCAUGGGAAAUAUUCAUGGAUCGUUCUUAUGAGCAUUUUGGUUGCAAGUGUGCCAGUGUCCUCAUUUGCUUGGAUGCAGUUUCCUCUCCUCAUCGAGACUUUCAUGUCUACUUAUGGACCAGGAAUAUUUGAUAGAAAAGUCAAACCUUGGCUGAAGAUUUGAUGUUAAUCGUUUGUUUUACUACGAGCCACUGAGUUAAUAAAUCCAAUGUCAAUUUGGAGUUAUAUUUUAUAUAUCUUUUGGUAAAUCGAACAGCCGUUCUGUAAUGAACUUGCUGAGAGCUGGUAAUAAGGUAUUAUAAAUAUUUUUAAUAACCAAUUGGUUAUUACUUAUUAGUAACCAAUUGAUUUCCUGCA